AGACAGACUUCGUGAACGUACUCGCGAAUGUCAUUGCGUUAUUGUAAAUAUUUAGAUGUUAAUUGUUAAAAAAUAAUUUCAAAAUGGACAAACGAUCUUGCAAGUUAUUGAUAGCAGCAACAGGUAGCGUAGCAGCGCUAAAAAUCCCGAUUCUAAUAAAAACUCUGUUAGAUAUACCUGAGGACGAAAUGACUUAUGUGUUUGAGGUGCACCUAAUAGUGACGGAGCAUGCAAAGCAUUUCUUCAAGAUGUCGGAUUUGCCCGCGCACGUGAAGGUGUACGAUGAUAGCUUGGAAUGGCAAGCCUGGAAGCAGAGGGGAGAUCCUGUGCUGCAUAUAGAGCUUGGCAAGCUCGCUGACAUCAUGCUAAUAGCUCCACUAGACGCUAAUACGCUGGCGAAAAUGGCACAAGGCAUAUGCGACAACCUCCUUACCUGCACAACUCGUGCAUGGGACAUGUCAAAGCCACUAGUCUUCUGUCCAGCAAUGAACACUAGGAUGUGGGAGCACCCGAUCACUGCACAGCAGAUUGACACACUGAAGCAUUGGGGACACAUUGAAAUACCACCGAUCAGUAAGAAACUCAUGUGUGGGGACACAGGUAUUGGUGCCAUGGCAGAAGUAGAAACUAUAGUAGAAAAGAUUAAAAGCAUCGCUGACUUAAAAUUCAAUGUUUCUUUUGACUAAAUGCUAAGAUUCAACGCUUAAGGUUUUUUUAGUAGUUUGUAAGAUAGUUGUGGAUGUAAACUGCCACUGUUUUUGUCGCUUUUAGGGCUUUAAGCCAGUGCUAGUUUGGGUUGAUAUGGGCUAAGAAUAUAAAAUAUUUUAUUAUUUAGUUGCUCUUUUAACCUGUUGGAUAUAGAGUGCGAGGUCACCAUGAUCACAUCAUUCAACUCUUUAAUCUAUUCAUUGGGUUAAGAGUAAUGUUUUCUUUUUUAUAUAUUUUUGGCUCAUUAUUUAAAAAUCAUGCUCAGUUAUUUUAUUCUUUUAAGCAUAAGUAUUUUCAAAAAAUAAGCCCAGUUGUCAGACUGUCCACUAUAUGUUCCUUGUACAGUGGUUGACAAAUAUGUAUUCCAUUUUUUAUUAUUAUUAAGUUCUACAUAUUUAUUUUUGAUUGUUUUUUUAUGUGAAUAUUAUAUUUUUUACAUUACAUUGUACUGACAAAAUUAUAAUCUAUGGGUUCCUUUUAUGUACCUCAAAGGGUGAGUAUAGACUACAACAUGUACUUGUUGUACUAAAACGUCGAGCACGCUCGCCUGUUUGUUACAAACCAACAAGCAUAUUGGUGUAACAUCUUGUCGAGCGUAUUGGUGUAACAUUUCGUCGAGCCAAGUGCGGGCGAUGCGCGGUUGCGGGGUGACGCGGAAGGAGGGACGAAAGACUAGCUCGCUGUGAGCAUUUACCCGUAACAUAACGCCGAACGUUACAUUACAUGGAAAUGCUUUGGAGACUGAGCUUUUGCCUGUAUAGUACCAUUUGCUAAAAUGUUUCAUUACACAGAAAUGCUCGAGAAAAUGUUGUAGUCUAUACUCACCCAAAGAAAAUUAAUUUUGUUUCGACUAAUUUGCUUUACUCUUUCUUAGUCUCUCUUUACUGUAGAAUUUUCCAUACUCAUAAAAAAACUAAUUUAGUUUUUAAAUUAAAGGACCAAAGAAAAUUGAUCAAAUUAGUAAAUACUAUUUACAUUCUUACUUUGUUAUCUUAAGGUAUAAUUAAUUAUUGGCAAUGGAGAGAUAAUAUAUAUGUUAUUGUAUUAAUUCGUUUUUAAUCUUGCUUAUCACAAAGGCUUUAUUCUACAGAUUUUGUUGUAUACUUGCAACCAAAUGUGCUACUUAUCAAUUACUAUGUACUGUCGACUGCAUGUACUGUCGAAGGAGAUAUUUCCAAUGUAAUUUGGAUGUAUAUGGAAUAAAUAAUUGGAUGCAUAAGCACUUACUAAUCCAAGUCAUGUUAACAUAUUUGUAUGUAAGAAUUUUAAUAGAACAUUAUGUGAGUAUUAUUGCACUAAAGGAGUCCAUAUUAGGGCUCAGAACUUAUAUUUUAAUAGCACUGCACUCCAAUAAAUCUGUUGUAAGCAAUACUUAAUAGCAUGUACCAUUAAGAUACAAGUAUUUUUAAGGUGCUAAAUGACACAAAUUAAUAUAAAAAUUAAAAUAAAAUACCUGUUAAUUAA